UGAUGAAGUUUGAUCCGAGAGGGGUUUUAAGGCUAAUUAUCUAAUUUAUAAAUGGAAGAUUCGAAUGGGAAGCUAAAAAUCAAUGAGGACUCCGACGACAAUGAAGAUUCAGAUUGUGAUUCAAUCUCAUUUGAUGAGCCUGGUGUGUUGCACAAGGUUAACACAUUCAAGGGAGAGGGCAAUGUCUUGUUUCAGAAACGAGAUCAUGAAAGCGCGUUAUUGAAGUAUGAAGAGGCUAUCAAUUGGCUUCCUAAGGACCAUAAUGAUGUUCCAUAUAUUCGGAGUAACAUGGCUGCUUGUUACAUGCAGAUGGGACUUGUUGAGUAUCCGAAAGCAAUUAAUGAAUGUAAUUUGGCGCUUGAGGUGGCUCCGACCUAUAGCAAAGCUUUGCUGAAGAGAGCUAGAUGCUUAGCAGCUUUGAAUAGGGUUGAGUCUGCUAGGAGAGACGUUGAGAUGAUCUUGAAAUCGGAGCCUAAUAAUAUGUCAGCAUUGGAGAUUUUGGAAGACUUGAAAAGGGCGGAGAGGAAAAGUUCAUCAGUAGAAGAUAACGAUAUUUCGUUACCACCUGUUGAUUAUGUGGAGCCUGCAUUGAUCAGGAUUUUGAAAGAGAGGGUGAAGAAGAGGAGGUAUGGUCAUGUUGAGAAUAAGGAAGAACUAAAAGUUAAGAAAAAAGCAGAGGAAGGGAAAAAGAAAGACAGGGGUGGGGAAAAUAAAGAGACUAUUUCGAGAAAAAAUGAUUAUUUUCUGAGAAAAGAAGAGAAUGGUGAGGACAAAUCCGGAGAUGAUAAAGUUGUGGUGAAGGAUAAGUGUAGUGUCAGUGAAGAUGUGAUAACGAAGACAGUGAAAUUGGUACUCGACGAUGAUAUAAGAUUUGCUCAGUUACCACAAAAUUGCAGCAUUCGGUUAGUAAGAAAUAUAGUUCAAGAUCGAUUCCCUAACUUGAUGGGAGCACUGAUCAAAUUUAGGGAUCCUGAGGGGGACUUGAUCACUAUCACGACCACGGAGGAGCUGAGAGUAGCCGAGAAAUGUGGAGGUCCUCUAGGUUCUGUGAGGCUAUACAUUGUGGAAGUGAGUCCAGAGAAAGAACCACUUUAUGAUGGAAAGGCACUGAAUAUGAUUAGUGAGGCAGAUGAUAGUGAUGUGUGUAAAGCUAAAGCAAUGGGGAAUGGGCCGUGCUGUGUUGAGGAGUGGAUAGUUCAGUUUGCACGGCUUUUUAAGAACCAUGUUGGCUUCGAUUCUGAUUCGUAUUUAGAUCUUCAUGAACUAGGGGUGAAAUUAUACACUGAAGCCAUGGAGGAGACUGUCACAAGUGAAGACGCACAGGACAUUUUUGAGAUGGCUGUAGAAAAGUUUCAAGAAAUGACAGCUUUGGCUUUGUUUAAUUGGGGGAAUGUCCAUUUGAACAGGGCUCGGAGGCUCGUGUGUAUUGGAGAAGAUAUUAGUAGUGAAACGAUAUUAGCACUUGUGAAAAGUGGGUAUGAGUGGGCAGACAAAGAAUAUACGAUGGCGGGGAUCAGAUAUGCAGAUUCUCUCAGAUUCAAGCCAGAUUUCUAUGAAGGCCAUUUUGCACUUGGACAACAACUAUUUGAACAAGCAAAACUCUGUUGGUAUUAUGCAAUAGGAAACAAGAUCGAUUUGGACACAUGGCCUUCGACAAAGGUGUUGGACCUGUACAAUAAGGCUGAAGAAAACAUGGAUUUUGGUAUGCAGUUGUGGGAAGAACUGGAAGAGGAGCUACUCAACGAAGGAUUACAAAAUUCAGAAAAACGUAAAGCUGAUUUAAGGAAAAUGGGAUUAGAUAGGCUAUAUAAAGAUAUAUCUGUCGAUGAAGCAGAAGAGCGAGCUGGAAGUAUGGGUUCUCAAAUAUAUCUUUUAUGGGGUACUAUACUCUAUGAGCGUUCUAUUGUGGAAUUUAAGUUGGACUUGCCAACAUGGGAAGAAUGUCUGGAGGUUGCAGUUGAAAAAUUCGAACUUUCUGGAGCAUCUACAGCGGACAUAGCUGUGAUGACUAAGAAUCAUAUUUCUAAUGGAGAAUCCAUGGAUGGUUUUGGAUUCAAAAUAGACGAGAUCAUUCAAGCAUGGAAUGAUAUGUAUGAUGCAAAAAGAUGGGAAUCUGACGUAUCAGCCUUUCGUCUAGAACCACUCUUUCGACGAAGAGUUCCAAAACUUCAUUCUGUGAUAGAGCAUGUAUCAUUGUACUGUUCAUGACUGGGGACGAGUAAACCAAGCAUAAGAAUUUUGUUCUUUGUUGGUUGAUAAUUCUGUGGUUCUCAACUGA